UCCUCUCACUGGGCAAAAGCCUUCUCAGACUGGUCCCUGAAAGCAUUGUGCGUAGAUGCCUGCUGGUUGCCAUGGUGAAUGAUGCUGAUCUGAAGAAAUGAAUAAUGUGAGCAUCGGGGGCGACAGUGGCAUUACUCAGCGAUGAGAGAGACAUCCAGGAGAGCCUAGUGCGGAGGAGGGAAAAGCACAUCAUCUCGGAUUUGGUCCACUCUCAGAGGAAGAAGUCUAACCAUAAAUACUGCCAGCAUCAGAACCGGGAUGAACAUUGAGGUUGGGAACGUGUCUUACACGGGAGCCAUCAUCUCCUGGUCAUCCUCAGAGCCCUGCCUGGAGGACUAUUACCAUAUUAUGUACAGGCCCAACUGGAACAGUAUCUUCUCUGGCUACCUGCGCUACAGCUUCCAUCACGAGGAGAAGGUGCCUCGAACCAUCACCUCUGUGGCGUUGGAACACCUUGCCCCUUCCACUCUCUACUUCCUCUGUAUCAGCUGCAAGAAGGCUGCCUUCCCAUACAGUCACUACUGUACCAUGUUCCACACCCUGGAUAAGAGUCCACUAGCCGCAGGGGGCUCCCUGGUAGACCCCCAAAUUUCCCUUUGGGUGCUGAUGGCCAUUUUGCUGGCAUGCUUCACUGCUGUGCUGGCCUUCAUCUGCCUCCAGUUCUGGUGUAUCCGUUGUCAUGAGCCUCGAUGGUCUUACAGAGCUGGCCACAUGGAGGAAGCCAAUGGGUUGGUAAGAUGGCCAGAGGAAGCCCCAGCUCUGGGUCAGAGGGAAGAAGAUCUGCAAGGGCUCCCCCUUGUGGAACUGUCACGCAAGAACUCUGGGGGCAGAGCAGAAGCUGAACCAGAAGCCGAAGCCAACCAGGAUGCCUUGGGUGCAGUGGCCUUAGCAAGGGAGGGUGGUGACCAACCAGCCAUACUGCCUCACUACAGAGAGUGAGCGAGCAAUGGGGAGGAGACCACCCAUUUCACACAGCCUAAAUUGUU